AUGGCCGAUCGCGGUUGUAAUUUAGAGUGUGUAAAAGAGGGAGAUAAUGCGAUAGAAUUUGUUGGUCCCGUUAAAAUAGUCUUAGUUGAUCAACCUAAAAGUGCCUAUUUACGCAAAACAUGUUACGCUGCGCUGAUAGUACUGGCCCAAAUGAUGAUGGCCACUACAACGAUAUUAGUGAUGUUUUAUUCAUUAAGUUACAAAAGAAGUGCCUGCUUUAAAGCUUUGCAUGUAUUUUUAUGUACUGUUGGGCUUCAAAUUAUCAUGUUAUCAGGAAUUUUAAGCCUCAAUAAUUUAAGUGGUUCGUCAGCGCCGAUGAAAAUAUCUGACUGCAGAUUCGAACAUCUUUUCUUGGAAUGGUUUGGAUUAGCAAGUGCUGUUGCUGGAGUAGUAACGAUAUUUUUCUCUGAAUAUUCUUCUUUAUUUACUACACAUUCUUGUUCAGGUAUAGCUGCGACAGGUAUGGCAAUUCUUUGCGCAAUAUCUGGGUUGUUUGUUUACGAUUUCAGAAGCGCAGCAAAUUUUCCCGAAGAGUAUAGUCCUUUUCGUCGAUUCUUAAAUUACUCUCAUCAACUUUUGGGCUCGUUGGCAAUCUUUUUAUCCUCUGUAUGUUUUAUUUUAGGUGUAACUAAAACUUCUUUUAUAAAAUGGCUUCCAUUAUACGAUAUGCAUUAUUACGCUGUCAUGUUUUGUAUUUUUUAUACGGUUGUUAUUUUAUACAAACCAUUAAAGCAACUUUUAUAUAUUUUUUAUUAUUUUGCGUGA